AAUUAGAAGCCAAUUUCACGCGUCGCUCUCGCAGCGAAACCAUAAAUUUCGCCCGACACUUGUCCGGCUGAAAGCGACUUAAAUGGUUUAAGGUAUUACCAUCAAGUCUAUAUUUUAUUGGUGGUAGGAAAAGAAUUUAAACUUUAAAUAAGCGUUUAAUACUUCGGCGGGCCCUUCAAUUUAUUUUGUGGAUGUCUUGUGACAUUUUUAAACUGUGUGGUGUGAACAUAUUUUAGAAAACCCCCAAAAACUUAUUUCGGUGUAAAAAUGUAUGGUCUUUUUUAACGAGUUGGCAGUUUUGUGAGGUUUUUUGGCUUUAGAGCAAGCUUUUCCUGAAAAAUCAGUGUAGUUCAAUCUACGUACUUCAGAUAUCGAAUUCUCAAACCUGGAAAUGGCUUACCCAUAUCGAAAUCUUGGCGAUAUCUUGGACGGCGUGAAGGAAGAUCCUAAGCAUUUGCGCAAUCUAUCAAACAUCUACAAGUUGGAGCUGGAAAUGCAGAAACGCGAGUAUGGUAAAAAGGAGGAUGUCAGCCACUCUCGCAUCCAGUUGAGGGAAGGUCCUGAUAUAUUGGCAGCUUAUAAGAAGGACGCGGUAACUCUCCGGUAUUUCAAUAAAUUGGCGCCAUGGACGUUUUACGAUGUACCCUUUGACAAGCAAACUGAAACAAAUAUUUCCGAUCUGAGUGCCUACCUGGUAAUUCCAGAAAAUCCCGAUUCUAAGCCGAAAUCUACAUACAAAAUGUAAAUUUGAUUUAUCCAAUAAAAUAUCCUUUGUUGGCUUUA